GUUUACGUAUGUAAAGUUAGGUUCAGUUACAUUCCGCGCGCAUUUAAAGUUAGUCACUCAUCAACAAUCAACGAUAGCCUGACAAGCAGCGUCCUUCAGCCUUCGCUUGAAUCAGCGUCGAUACAAGUGGGUUUACGCCUAACCUCGUGAUACAUAUGCUGUAAACAUGAAUCGCGUAGAUUUAAAAAUCGUAUUGCUGGGUAACGCAAUGGUGGGAAAGACGAGUCUUAUGCAACGAUACGUACAUGAUUCGUUUAACGGCAACAGACCCUAUCAAAACACAAUAGGCACUGUGUUUGCAGCGAAGCAAGUACAAGUGAAUGGAGUGUCUCUUGUUAUGGGAAUAUGGGAUACUGCGGGUAGUGAAAAAUAUGAUGCAAUGACUAGAACAUACUAUCGUGGUGCAAAAGCUGCUAUAGUAUGUUAUGACAUUACUAAGUUUAGCACAUUCCAAAGGGCGAAGCAUUGGGUGAGAGAACUCAGAAGUAUUGAGGAAAAUUGUAAAGUAUAUCUUUGCGCUACUAAAAAAGAUUUAUGCGACGAAGGUUUUGUAUCAGAUGAUCCAGAUUUGCAAAAUACUGUAGAAAAAUAUGCAAGGGGCACACAGACUAAACUUUUUAUAACAUCCAGUAAGACGGGAGAGAAUGUAGACAAAUUGUUCGACGAAAUUGUGCAAGAUUUUGUAUCCAAUCCAGAAAAUUUACAACAAGUGGAAGAAGCAAUUGUUUUAAGCAGAAAACCUGAGAAAAGGUAUUGUUGUACAGUGAUCUAAAAAGAUCAGUAUUGAUUUUCUAUUGUUAUACGAUUUUUUCAUCAGAUAAUUAUCCCACUGAGAUUAUAUAUAAUGUAACACAUAAAUAUAAUGUAAUAUUAAAAU